CCCACUGUCAAAAAAGAGUCUUAUUUGUAAAUUAUUCGCUGCUGCGUUGCUGUUACUGCGAUCCUUCACUCAACAUGGAGGACGAUCCAGAAGCUGAGGUUAGAAAAGUCGUCGUUCCUGGCAAAUUUCCCAUUAAAGUAACAAAAUGGAAAGUCAGGAAGGGGACGAGUAUUUCAAGGGGUGUGGUGCUUGCACUGUACGAUGUACUGAAUCCGCAGUCAACGCAGAAAAAUGUGAAAUUGAAGUCUUCCGAUGGCGGUAUUGUUCAAUCCGUGGAAGUGGAAGAAGGAGAAGAAAUUAACCCUGGGUCCUUGUUGCUGACGUUUGGCAACUCGUCAGUAGAGCCGUGCAGCCAUCCAACAGUCAUGAAGGACAUGUGUGCCAUGUGUGGAGCUGACUUGAGGAGUGAACUUGGCCUGGCGGGUGAAAGAAAGGAAACUGUGACAGCUUCAGUGGCAAUGGUGCACAGCAUACCCGAGCUCAUUAUUAGCGAACAGCAAGCCCUGGAACUAGGUCAGGAGGAUGAGAACCGUCUCCUCAAGACCCGCAAACUGGUUCUGCUGGUGGAUCUUGAUCAAACACUCAUACACACCACCAAUGAUAACAUCCCGGCCAACCUCAAGGGUGUCAGUCACUUCCAACUUUGGCAUGGUCGCAACUUGCUGUGGUAUCACACACGGUUCCGACCACACACCAGGGAGUUCCUGGAGAAGAUCUCCAAGAUGUAUGAGCUCCACAUCUGCACAUUCGGUGUGAGAAUGUACGCACACACCAUCGCCCGCCUCCUCGACCCAGACGAGAGGUUUUUCUCCCACAGAAUUCUCUCUAGGGACGAGUGCUUCAAUGCUAUGUCCAAAACUGCCAACCUCAAAGCCCUGUUUCCAUGCGGGGAUUCGAUGGUGUGCAUCAUUGAUGAUCGGGAGGAUGUGUGGAACUUCUCGCCAAACCUCAUACAUGUGAAGCCUUACAGAUUUUUCCAAGGAACUGCUGAUAUUAAUGCGCCACUAGGACUCACCAAGACUGAGAAUGAUGGCAUUCCUAUAACCCACAGAGUUCGGAGGGCCUCUGAUUCUCAGGAUGAGCAAAAGGCAAAGACUGAAGCUGUAGAGGGUGAAAGUGCUGAUGUUGAGAUGAAAGAAGUAACCAGCAAUGAGACCAGCAGUGCGAUACAGAUUAAUGGAACUGUCCCGGAGAAGUCUCAAACAGAGGGUAAAUCUGACACAAAUGACAAUACACCUGAGGCAGUGUGUCAGGAGAAAAGCAGUGAACAGAAAGGCCCUGAACCUUUGGCAUCAGCAGUAGUGGACUCCAAAGAAAACGCCAAAUCACUCAAUGAUGAUUCUACUGAGACCACAGUAAAACACACAUCACUUGAUGCUUCUGAGACCACAGUUAAACCCAUAUCAGUUGAUCAGGAUGCCACCGACUCCACAGUAAAACUCAUGUCACUCAAAGAUGUUGCAACUGAUCCCACUAUAAAAGCCAAAGUACCAAGUGAUGAUGCUACUGACCCCACUAUAAAAGCCAAAGUACCAAGUGAUGAUGCUACUGACCCCACAAAAAAAGCCAUAGUACCAAAUGAUGACUCAACUGACUCCACCGUAAAACCAGAUUCACCUGGAUGUAAAAGUGCCACGGCUGAUAAUACAGAAGUUGGCAAGGAGACCCAUGGAGAUGGACUCUCUGAUUCUGGUGAUGCAAAAUCAAGCGAGAAAGAAUGUACGAGGAGUGUUAGCUUUAAGGUUGAUGAUGAGGAAGAGAUAGAGUGGGACGACGAAGAUGAUUACCUGUAUCAUUUGGAGGAGGUCCUCACUAGAAUUCACACAGCUUUCUAUGACUUGUAUGAUCAGACAAAGAAUAAAGUGUCUGAUUCAAAGCUUCCAAAUCUCAAAGAUAUUAUUCCCUAUGUAAAACGGAAGGUGCUAAAAGGUUGCAGCAUUGUGUUUAGUGGUGUUGUCCCUCUUAAUAUGCAGCCUGAGAGGAGUCGGGCAUAUCUUGUUGCCCGUGCCAUGGGAGCAAACAUACAGACUUCAAUUGUUGCCAGAAAUGGAGAUAAGAAAUCUGAAGGAACAACUCAUUUAGUGGCAGCAAAGCCAGGAACAGCAAAGGUGAAUGCAGCUUAUAAGGUGAAAGGUGUGAAAAUUGUGAAUGUGAACUGGCUAUGGUCAUGUGCUGAACGAUGGGAGCGAGUGGAAGAAAAGCUGUUCCCUCUUGAAGAACCUACAGCCACAAGUUCUGGUCCGUGGAGUUCUCGUGAUGAUAGACAAUCUGAUCCUACUACCUCGAACCCAAAUAAGCGGAAAUCAGAAGAUAUGAAUGAAGACUUGGAGUCAUCUGGUAAUGCAGAAGUAAGAAAAAAAAAGUCCAAGAAGGCCAGAUUAAAAGACGGCGACGUAGAUGCUGUGUUUGGUCCAGGGACGAGUGGUGGUGGUGCUGUGGCAGGACCUUCAACAGGAACUGGGGGAACACGGAGGAGAGGCAACAAAGACAACACCCCUUUUUCUUCCUCCUAUAACCCUCUGUUAUCAUUCUCAGAUGAAGACAUUGAAUUCAUGGACAAAGAGGUGGAGGAGACUAUGGAAGAGGAUGGUAGUGACUCGGAGGAAGAGGAUGAAGAAGACCGGGAAGAAAGGCUGCGAAAGUCAGUUCUUGGAGAUGUUUCUGAUUCCAGUAGUGAGGAGAGUCUUGCAGGCGACUUCCCCCGCGGUUGGAACAUCCGGAAGCGUUCUCCAUCAGGGGACAGUGAUGAAGAGAAGAAGAACAAGCCUGUGGAUGAAGUCCCUGAGUCUGAUACAGAGUUAGAAAGUUAUGAGAAGACUGUUGAAGCUUUUUCUCCUGAAAAGGAUAUGUCAAGUGAAUCUGGAGAGUCCAUUGGAUCUGUGGAUGAUGAGAUCGCUGAUGCUGUAGAGAAGGAAUUCCUCUCCUUGUUAUGACUCGUUUCAACUCCAUCUGACUUCCAUGCUGCCACAGGAGGGUUGAUGCUCAAACAAUUUUGUCAUUAAUAACUUUUUGACAGGACAAGAAUGUGAAUGGCACAAAAAUUGAAUAUAUAUAUAUAUUUGUAUUUUUUACUGUAAAUGUGACUGCGUUGAGUUCUAAGAACUUUGAAUGUGGGUUGCCCAGUGACAAAUGCUUGACUUGUCACACCACAAACUGGAUUUGUUUCCCUACAUUGGUAGAAUGUGUGGAGCCUGUCCUUGAUGUUGCCCAGAGGGAUGAGGCUGGCUCAUUGCUAAAAGCCGUGAAAAAAUUGUACUCACACACAUCAUGAUGAUCAAACGGAUGAAAAGUGUUUACUUCAUGUUUCAUUUUGGUAAUUUGGUUUCAUACAAUCUGCCAUGAUCAUACAGAUUGUAAAAUGAUGUAUAAUUACAUUCAACAUUAGUUGUGGUUUAUCCACAAACCAAUACUCUCAGCAGGUAGAACAAACCCUGUUACCCUGUUAAUCAUCUGCAGGAUUCACUUUGGUUGAGAGGUUUGAGAUGUCCCAAAACACGACUUACGGGAUCGGGUAGUGACUUGGUUGAUGCAUGUCAUCGUAUCCCAAUUGCGUGGAUCGAUGCUCAUGAUAUUAAUCACUGGAUUGUCUGGUCCAGACUCGAUUAUUUACAGACAGCCGUCAUAUAGCUGGAAUAUUGCUGAGUGGGGCGUUAAACAACAACCAAACAAACUGUGGUCAGUACAGAAAGGUGUUCUUCCCUUCAUCAUGUUCUUGUUGAACUGUCGAUGACAGUAAUGUCUGUCUACAAGCACCUGUUGUCGUGUUAAAUCAUCAACUAGUAGAUGCCUGCUAGCUUGUAGUGUCUGGAAUAGGUGAACUUCUGUUCUGUGUCCACAGGAAAGAAAACAAGUCUGAUUAUUGGCUUCAUGGCUAUGCCAUUUUAUACUCCCCAUUAAGCACUACUAGCUGUCUGGGUAUGCCAUCACUGUCCCCAUUAAGCACUACUAGCUGUCUGGGUAUGCCACUAUAUACUCCCCAUUAAGCACU